UACAAUCAGGUGCACCAGUCAACAUGUUUGUAUUCUUUAUCAUUUGUACGUUAACCAUUUCUGCCUCGGUUAAUGGAAUCCGUAAAUACCAGACUUCAGUCCCCGAUUAUCUCAAAUGCCCAUAUGGAAAAUAUUUCUCAGACAUAGGUAAACCUCCCACCUGCAAUCCAUUCGGUCAGUCUUGUCCACCAGGUUUCUAUUGUGGAGCAGGCCCUGCCGAUCAACCUGGAUUUUGUUGUAAAUCUGAUAAUCCAUGUAAACUUGGAGAGCCCUAUUCACGUAACGGUAACGCCCCUCACUGCCUGGGUAAAUCUGCAAUCAGUUGUCCUCGUGGUUACACCUGUAUAGGAACUGAAACCUCUUCAUCAGUUUGCUGUAAAGGUUGCACCUACAAGGGCAAAUCGUAUUUUCCUUCGGACACAUUUUAUGACAAGAAUGGACAGAUAUGCACGUGCGGUGAGGAUGGAUCAGUCAGGUGUAGAAAACCUGCCACUUGUGAAGGGCCCAACGGCGAGGUAUACAAAGAAGGACAAUCAUUUAAAAUAGACUGCAAUGGUUGCACCUGUAGAUCUAAUGGGAUUGCCAUUUGUACACUGAGAGUUUGUCCAAAGAAAUGCAUCUACUACGGAAAGAAAUAUUCACCAGGAGAUAAAUUUCAAGCUAAAGACGGAUGUAAUGAAUGCACUUGCUCAAAAGACGGCGAUGGGACUAUAUCAUGUACCAAAUAUGCUUGUGGAUAUGGAAAAUAGCUAGAAAGCAGCAUUUACUACCUCAAACUCAUAGUUUCCACCCAUUGUUAUGUUAAAAGAAUGUCCUUUGAUUUGUUUUAUUAAUAUUGUAUUAAUUGUUGAAUAAAUAU